GACACUGUUCCGUGGUAAGUCGGCGAAAAUUUUAGUGAGUAAAAUCAUCUUCAGUUUUUUCAUCCGAUUUGUGCCAUCUUAACGAAAAAAGUGUGAAAUUAUAAGAGAAAAAAGGCUCAAGACCCUUAAAACAACUAAAAAAUAAAUAAAAAUGUUUGCCGCCGCCAGACUGAUAGCCCCUGCAGCCAGAAGCGCCAUCCUUAACAAUUCAAAACAGUACCUCAGGCCACUGAGCAGUGCCGUUUCACAGAGCCAAUCCUUGGUUCAAAGUGUACAACAGAACCAACAGAAACAGGCCAGUCUUUUGCCUGCUAUCCGUGGAUUCCAAACUAGCCCAGUUUCCAGAGAUAUUGACUCUGCUGCCAAAUUUAUUGGUGCUGGAGCAGCCACAGUUGGAGUAGCUGGUUCAGGUGCUGGUAUUGGAACAGUAUUCGGCUCCCUUAUCAUCGGUUAUGCAAGAAACCCCAGUCUCAAACAGCAACUCUUCUCGUACGCCAUCUUGGGUUUCGCCCUCUCUGAAGCUAUGGGUCUUUUCUGUCUUAUGAUGGCCUUUUUGUUACUGUUCGCCUUCUAAGAAGGGCAUUUAUUAUAUAAUAAUAAAUUUAAAUAUAACGUACCAUACAUCUUCAUUUUUUUACCGUUUGUACAGUUUAUAUCGCCUCUUUUAAUCACGUUCGACUCUUUUUGUAAGUCUAAUAUUGUUAAAUUCGCGAUGUAAACCAUGCACACAAGUUAGGGCGUUGAAAAAUUGUAAUUAGAACAUUCUAGAACAAGUAUAUGAUUGUGUAUAGAGACUUUGGGCUUACUAUUUAUUUGGGGACAUUCUUUGAGAAUGUUUUUUGAAUCAUAUAUUUGUUUCUGGUUCGUUGGACAAUGAGAUCAGUAAAAAAGAACCACAUAGGUGAAUUAAAGACCAGACUCGUCAUAUAAUGCAUAUUGUACAGAAGUUCAAUAGAAAUCUUCAAUAAAAAUUGUUUAGUUGUGAUUUUUUUCAAUA